CGUUAUUUGAAACUGAGCUGGUUUCAAGGUCGUGGCUUUUGUUAAGCAUAGCGUUAGAUUUCGUUAUGUCUAUUGAUUUGAAUACAAAUGGACAGGCUCUUAGCUCAGCUGUUCACUGUGUGCUUGAUGGAAAGUGGUCAUGGGUUAUAUUUGGUUAUAUGGGAUUAACAUACACUUUGGACGUUAAAAACCAAGGUCAUGAUGUUGGUGAUUUUGUAAAUGAAUUCACUUCUGGGAGGGUUUUAUAUGGUUUUGUUCGCGUUACUGUGAAUUCGGCUCCUGCUAAAUUUGUUUUGAUUGCAUGGCAAGGAGAAGGGUCAUCUGAAAGUUUCAAAAUAGCAUGUGCAAGGCAUAUUGACUUUGUGAAACGGUUAUGUCGAACUGUUCAUCUUACGAUUCAAGCAAGAAGCGAAGCAGAUUUAGAUUGGAACGAAAUUGUUACAAAAGUGGGCAAUUUAACGGGGACUGUUUGUAACACUCAAGAAGUAAAGUCUAAUGAUUCAGAUGAUGAAUUCAUACCCAAAGGUUCUGUGUAUGAACGUGCUAAUCCAAAUCAAGAUAUUCCCAAGGGCUGUGUCUCACGAAGUAUUUGGCAAUCACAACUGCAAAAACAACAAGAUUCAUCAAAAGUAGUAUUUCCUGUGAAGAAAUCAAAGCCAUUUGGUUUGGGUCGACCAGUUUGUGCACCAGCCUCAAGCAAUAAUAUUACCACGACUACUACUACUACUACUACUACCAAUAAUCAUGCUAAUCAUAAUGGUAAUGAUAGUAAUCACGUACAGCCUGUAAAUCGACCUCAAAAUAACCUAAAGCCAAUACCACAAAAUGAAGUGACCACAACAAUUAAGAGUCGAAUUAAAGCCUUAGAAUCCAAUUUACCAUCAAAUGAUGGGACAUCGGGUUAUCGAAAAGUUGAUCCACGCGCAGAAAUUAUGCUUGCUAGGAAAUUGUCAAAUUCAACAUCUUUAGAUGAUAAUGAAGAUGAUUCAAAUCAUGUGGGGACAUGUUAUAAAAAACUAGAUCCAAGAUCUGAAAUUUUAGCAGCUCGAGCAUAUAAAGAAGCUCAUCAAUCUAUUUUCAAUAAUGAUGAACCUGUUGGCACUAAUUAUAAACGACCAGAUGUUGAAGCUGAAAUUCGUGCUGCCCGAUCAAAUAGUAUAAAUACUUCAAAUAAAUGGGAAACACCAUUAACUGUUGAUACUAAGAAGUCGGAUGCUGUUAAUGGCUCAUCCAAUCAAAAUUCUAUUAGUUCAUCACAGAACAAUUUCAGUCAGUCAUCAAUACAAAAACAACAGGAGAAACAACAACAACAACAACAGCAACCAUUGUCAUCACCUCCCCUCUCAUUAUCUCCCAUAGUUCAUAUAUCAAAUAAUCAAUUACAUUGUAACAGUGUCCAACAUACAAAUAACUAUAAUGACAAUAAUAAUAAUAACACUAAUAACUAUAGUCAUCAUAAUCAAGUUCAACCUCAGGAUUCAUCUACAAAGAUUGUGUCACCCUCUUCACCUUCAGCACCAAUGAGUACAGUACAACAAGCGACAAAAGAGAAUCUUGGUUUUAAAGCGGUUUGCUUGUAUGAUUAUGUGGCCAAUGAAGACGAUGAAUUAUCCUUUCGUUAUGGUGAGGAAUUAUUUCGAAUUGAACAAAUCGAUGAAGGUUGGUGGCUUGGUCAAAAUGCUCACGGACAAAUUGGAUUAUUUCCUUCUAAUUAUGUAAAGUUAGUGGCAAUCACAGAAAAUUAAAAGUAUAUAAAUGUGAAACAUUGGGGAGAACUACACUCGUGUUUUCUUUCUUUAGCAAUGCAAUAUCAAUGCACUUUUUGUGCAUACUAUUGUUUUUUUCUUUUUUUAUUCUUUCUUGUUUUUUUGUUUGUUUUGGCGGAACAUACGGUGGCUCUCUCCGCAUUCACUUCAUAUCAAAACUGGAAUAAUAAUUUCAUUGUAGUAGAUGUUUUGAAGGCGGCCGCGUGUGUUACUACUACAACUGCUACUAAUGCUAAUGCUAUUGCCACCACGAUUACUUUCAUCUUUGUCAUAUUAGAAUCUCAAAUAAGAACAAUGGAGAUGUGGUGUGCUUACAAGCAAGUGCGCAUAUCCACCAGCACAUCCACACACACACACAAUAACUCAUACAAUGCAUGCGUACACUACUCUGUCAUACACACUCAUCUAUACAUCAAAAUUACCUCCAGUAUUUUAUCUUUUUUUUUUCAUUUGGUGAACUGUUAAUGAAUUUUUUUAAAAAAAGGCGCUUUUAUACUUCAUAGUUAUCUCACCAUUUUUUCUAUUGAGCAGUACAAUGCUGUCUCUGUGCAUAUCCGAGCUGUGAAGACUUUGAGUUCUCUUUUUUUAUGAAUACUUUCCUUUUUGCUAACUUGAAAUAAUAUAAUAAUGACAUUAAUAUUAUUAUUAAUAUUAUUAAUAUAGUUAUUAUUAUUACUUACUUACUCAUUACUACUUUUAACAAUUUGUAUACUCCUUUUUCUACUUAGCUUUUUAUAUAUACAUAAUUAUGUUAGGUAAUUCUCUUUUGUUUUUUUGGAUCUACUGACCUUUCACCUUAUCCAGGAUAUCAUCUAGAAAUAUUUAUACAAUGCAUAUUACACUGCUCUUAUCCAUUUCUUCCUUUUUUUUAUGCCAUAUUAUUUAUUGUUACUAAUAUUAUUUAACUUUUUAGCAAUUGACUGACUGAAAAACUGAUUAGGUUUAAAACUGUUGGAAGUGGUUUCUUUUUGUCUCUCUUCAUGACACAAGUAACUGCCCAGAACGUAUAAUCUCAUUUCUGAUAAUAAUAAUAAGUAAUAAUGACCAUUAUUAUUAUUAUUUUCAUCAUCAUCCUGCUUUCUGAAUCAAAAUAAAGAAGUG